AUGUCUGCUAUUGCUUCCAAGAACCUCUAUGAGCUCCUGGGCAACGACCCGGAGCUCGACCCCGACAGACCGGCCGAGCCUCCCACCAAGGCUGUCGACAAGCCUCUCCCUAGGACUGGCAAGCGAAAUGCUCCUGCCGAAGCUCCCGCUUCCCAGACGACCGGAACGACCGGCCGCACCCAGCGUCAGGGCCCCAAUGCCAACGAGAAUGCUUUCCGUGAUCGCGGGGUAGGGUCGGACAAGAACCGAAGCAGGGGAUCUGGCGAACCCGGUGAGCACGUCCGUGGACGUGGUGGUUUCCGUGGCCGUGGCCGCGGCCGUAGCGCCGUCCUUGGUGACCGCCACAGCAGGACUGGCAUUGCUGAACACGAGAAGCAGGCUGCUCACGGCUGGGGCGCACAGGACGGCAACGCCGAAUGGGACGAUGAGAAGGCCGGUGAGGCCAUCGCCAAGGCGGAUGAGAAGGAGGAAGGAGUCGUUGCUACGCCUGCUGAGGAGCCCGAGCCCGAACCGGAGGACAAGACCAAGUCCUAUGCCGCCUACCUCGCUGAGCUGGCCGAGAAGAAGCUAUCCCUUGCCGCCCAGAACGUGCGCAAGGCCAACGAAGGAAGCUCCGCCAAGUUCCCCGAGGGCAAGCCCGUCACCCGUGACGAGGAUGAGGCCUACAUUGCCGGCUCCGGAGGCAAGGCCAAGCGUGAGCGCGAACGCAAGCAGAAGGAAUUCGUCGAGCUCGACGACGCCAAGCUCCACCGCGAAGCCCGAGACACUAGCUUCCGUGGACGCGGCCGUGGCCGUGGCGAGUUCCGUGGAGAGGGACGCGGACGGGGCGGCGAGGGCCGUGGCCGUGGUGGCGCCCGUGGCCGUGGAGAGGGUCGUGGUGGACGCGGCGGACGUGGCCAGUCCGGCCCCAACCUUGCCGACCCCAGCGCCUUCCCCAGCUUGGGCUCAUAG